CUCUACCCUGGCCACGAGGAGGUGGCUUUUGCCUUGGAAGAGGAGCUGGCUAUGCUUGCUGGGGAGGUGCCAGAUGUUACUGAUCGCCCGCUGCAGGAUACCGUGUGCAACCAGAACGCGGAACUACUGUCGCUUAUUCGGCAGAAGGAGAAGGACCUGAUGCUGGCAGCCCGCCUCGGAAAAGCAUUACUGGCAAGAAACGAGGACUUGAGCCGUCAGUACGAAAGAAUGCACGCUGAGCUUACGGAGAAACUAGAGAACUUGGAACAGGAGAAACACGAGCUGAGAAGGAAGUUUGAAAAUCGGGAAGGAGAAUGGGAAAGCCAUGUAGCAGAAUUGGAGAGUGAUGUCAAACAACUGCAGGAUGAACUGGAGACGCAGCAAAUGCAGCUCCGAGAAACAGAUCGAGAAAAGAGUCGAGUUGUCCAAGAACUUUCUGAGCAGAACCAGCGCCUUCUGGAACAGCUGAGUAGGGCCACAGAUGUAGAAAAACGAUUGUCACUCCAAGUCCAGAUACUGCAGGAUGAAUUUCGAGAGAAGUACACAUCUACAAAUCAUCAUAUUUUGCGCCUUGAAAGUCUCCAAGCUGAGAUAAGGAUGCUGUCGGAGCGGAAGCAGGAGCUAGAACGACGCCUCAGAACUGUGACAGAAGAGAAUGAGAUGCUGCAGGGGAGAAGAGACGAACUACAGGAACGGGUGCUGGUUCUGGAAAGAGAGAACCAUGACAAAGACCUUCAGUUUCGCCAGAGCCAACUGGAGCUGCAUGACCUGCGGGUUUCUCAUCGGCAACUUCAGGAGAAAAUGGAGGAAUUGAAUGAAGAACAGAGUCUGCAGGGGUUCUGUCCUAUGAAUAACUCGCUUUUGUCAGAGAUUGAGCAGAGCAUUGAGGCAGAAGAAAUGGAACAGGAGAGAGAACAGCUCAGGCUCCAGCUCUGGGAAGCCUUCUGCCAAGUCAAAUCACUUUGCUCUUACCUCAGGGGAAAUGAUGUCACAGACUCUGCCCUCUCUACUGAUUCCUCUAUGGAUGAAUCUUCAGAAUGUUCAUCAGCUAAAGAAGUUCCGAUUGGUAGUUUGCGUACUGCCCUCCAUGACCUUAAACGGUUAAUACAGAAUGUUGUAGACGGGGGAGAAUCUACGGGCUCUCGUCGAAGCGAAGAAGAUGCAAUGGAAGACCACAUUAAAAAGAUUAGUGAAGAUACUAAGGCCUUAAGAGAGAUGUUGGAAGCUGAACGUCAGAAAGUGACUGAAAGCUUGGAGGAGAUUCAGCAACUUCAAAGCCAGAUGACAUUGUUAAAAGUUGAAAUCAAUGCACUACAAGAGGAAAAGGAACACCUAAGGGCACUAUCAGAAGGCAAGGAACUAAAUGAACAGCUGCAAAGAGCCCUCAGAGACCGAGAUGAAGCCAUCGCCAAGAAAAAUGCAGUGGAGAUGGAACUGGCGAAGUGCAAGAUUGACUUGAUGUCUCUGAAUGGUCAGUUACUGGAUGCCAUCCAACAGAAGCUGAAUCUCUCUCAGCAGCUAGAGGCAUGGCAGGAUGACAUGCACAGAGUCAUUGACCAGCAACUGAUGGACAAACACCACAAGGAGUGGCACCAAGUAGCUUAUUCCUCCUCCAGGGAUUACAGUGCAAAGCACAGUGCUCGGAAUGUGCCGUCACUAUCAGCAGAUCAGAAUGGAGACAGUGGACCAGAGGGGAAAAGUCUCUUUUCAUUUUUUAAAAAAAAUUGAAACAAUAUUCAUUUACUCAAGGCUGAAUUGCAGGGAGAUGGGCCAAAGAAAAGUUCUGAUAUAUGUAUUUUUGAUAACUUUAAAAAAGAUAUAUAAUGGUCGUAUGCAAUGAGAAAGGGGCAUUGUUAAAAAGUGCAGCUGGAAUGGACACUGAAGGAUUUAAUGUACCUCGAGCAUCUGGUGUUUGUAACUCAGUGGUUUGAUGAUUGCUGUCUUCAACCAGUAUUCUAACAGUUCAAUUCUCUUCAUGUGGAAUGGUGUCAAAGGAUUGCUUUGCCUGCAGGAGAAAGUAAUAGUUAUCUUCACUGUAGGGAAGCUGGAAUAGUGCUGCUUUAAGUAUACAUGCCCACAUGGCUAACAGUAGUACUGCUGUGGAAUGUUGAACCUGAACGUCUGUAAGAAAAAAUGUACCUUCAUGACAAUUCAUGAAGAAGAGACCUGGUAGACUGCAACAUUCCUGGUCUUCCUAGCUGUGUAGUAGCCCUUAGGUGGAACUUUUUUUUUUGCAAAGGGUGUGAGAAGAUGAUAUUCUCUUAGAUUUGGUUAAGAGCAGUAUAUAUCACCAUUACUUGGUGGCAGGUGAGUAGAGACCUAUAAAAUGCAGCUUAGGAGAAGAUACCUUGUUGAUGGUAUGAGGGAGUGGGCAUCCUCCAUAGGUGAAGUUGGGGCAGCAGGUAGCUCCUGCAGAUGGUAUCAGGAACAGUAAGCAAUUCGUGUAGAUGGUCUUAGGGAAACAGGUGCCUUCUUUAUGUGGAGUCAGGGAACAGGUGCUUCCUGUAGGUGGUGUUAUGGGAACAGGUGCCUCCAGUAGAUGGUAUCAGGCACAGUAAUCACUUCCUGUAGAUGGUAUUAGGGGAAUAUGUGUCUCUUGUUGUAGUCAGGGAAAUGGGUGCCUUCUGUAGGUGGUAUUAGGGGAACAGGUGCCAACUGUAGGUAACAACAAGUGACUCCUCUAGGCGCGUCAGGGGAGCAGGUGCCUCCUAUAGGUGGCUUCAGUUACAGUACGUACUUCCUCUGUAUGGUAUCAGGGGAACAGUUGUUUCCUUUAAGUAGUAUUAGGGAACAGGUUCUUUAUGCAGUUGAUAAAAGGGGAAUAUGUGCAUCCUGUAGAUGAUAUUAUUGAAACAUGUGCCUCCUGCAGAUGGUAUCAGGGACAGUAAGCACUUCAUGUAGAUCAUAUUAGAAGAAUAGCUACCUUCUGUAGGUGGCAGCAGAGAAACAGGUAACUCCUGUAGGUGGUAUUAGGGGAACAUGUGCCUCCCAUAGAUGAUAUCAUGGGCUAAAGGCACUUUGGUAUAUGGUAUCAGGUAACAGGUACCUCCUGUAUGUGGUAUUAGGGGAACAGGUUCAUCCUGUAGUUGAUAUAGGGAACAGUUCCUCCUGUAGUUGAUAUAUCAUUUUAGGGGAGCAGGUUCCUCUUGUAAUUAGUUUUAGGGAACAUGUGCUUCCUCUAGGUGUUAUUAGGGGAUCAGGUGCCUCUUAUAGUUGUUAUUAGGAGAACUGAUGCUUCUUGUAGUUGAUAUUAGGUGGAACAGAUGCCUGCUGCAGGUAAUAUUAUACAAACAGGUGCCUUCUAUGGGUGGUAGCAGGGUAAAAAGUGCCUUCUGUAGAUAUUAUGGAAAUGGGUACCUCUUAUAGAUGGUACUAAGGGACUAGGUGCCUCCUGUAGGUAGCAUCAAGGAACAGGUGCCUACUAUAGGUAACAUCCACACAAUAUGCACCUCCUGUUACUGAUAGUAGGACAGGAGGUAGCCCCUGUAGAUGGUAUAGGUGCACUAUAUAGGUUGUAUCAGAGAAUUAAUGUUGUCAGGAGAGAGAAAAGCAUCCCUGUAGAUGUUGUUGGAGGAUCAGGCAUGUAUUUAGGUAUAAAAGGGAAGUAGGCAGCCUUAUAGGUGGCACAGAUAGAGUAAGAAUCUUUCUGAAACUGUUUAGAAGACGUCCCUGUAAAUGAUAUUGAGAGACGUAAGUACCUGUAAAAAAUAGUAUUGAGAGGUUUCUAUAGCUACAGACACCUCUGUAGAUGCUAUUGAGAGACUUAGGCAGGUAUUGAGAGGCACAGACACCACUAAGAGAGUAGGCACAUAGCUACAGAUGGUAAUGAGGGGGUAAUGGUGUCAUGGUAGAUGGAAGUAUGAGAGCAGACACCACUGUAGAUAGACUUGAGAGGCACAGAUACCCCCUGUACGUGAUAAUGAGAGACAGAGGCACCCUGUAGAUGGUAUUGAAGAUGACAUUAAGAUGUGUUGCACCCUUACAGACUGUGUUGGGAAGUAGGCACCCCUGUAGGUUGUAUUCAGAGAAAAAGCACCCCUCUUACAGAUGGCACUGACAGGUAUUUGCACCCCGUAGAUGUCAUUAAAAUGUCAAGGCACAUGUGUAUGUAGUGUUGUUCGAGUAGACAGAAAUAUCAUUAAGAGGGCAUCAAAGAGGCUCAUUGCUAUUCCUGUACAAAGAUAGAACAAAUCAGCUGUUCUUCUAUAGUGGGUGGCACCAUGUUAUAUUAUGUACAUUCACACUAGGGUCAACUGAGUGGGCAAUGUUCCUUUGAAAGGUACUUGAAGAGUGGGCCACAGUACCUGAGUCUGGGUGAGUUACGGGUGCUGAGAGAUUUCUCUUAGAUGAGUAGCAGUCAUACUGAGUUACAGAUAUAGUUGUGGGUGACAGAGUUCUAUUAAGGGCUCAGGAGUCAUGGUGAGUUACAUUAUGUAACAGUUGAUGGAUAAGAGAGUUGUCUUGUGGCAACAGGAAUCAUAAUGAGCUGGAGAUUAAGUCAUGGCUGGGAGAGUCCUGUAAUGGGACCACAAGUAACAGAAAACUAAAGCUGUAGCAGUGGGUCUAGUUCACUUGCACAAGGAAGUCAAAUGUCUCUUUUGGAUGGAAAAGUAUCAAUGGAAAUUGGAAUUCUUUUUCCAAAAAACAUUUUUUGCAGAACUGUUUUCUAAUGGUGGGGAUAACAUACCAUUUUGAAGGCUAUUUUGUCACAGAUCAUUACAAAAUCAGUACUACCUCAUGAAAUAUGCUGCUUUUUCAUAACUCAAAGCCAUAACAAAACAUGGGUAUCACCUUCAUCACAGUUUAUGCAUUUCUUUGUCACCCUGUUGACAGUGGGCUUAACAAAUAUGACGGUUAUUGGAACUUUGUAGUUUGAAGCCUACCCUUUAGAACCUUUAGAAAAAGCAUAUUAAAAAGUAGGUCUUCGUGUUACCUGCUCAUUUGCAUAUUAUCCACUUAGAUAUGUCAUGAACCAUUUGGCUCAUUGCAUUACUGUAGUCCCCCUGUUAUUCCAGGUCACUGUAUAGCUUUUUUAUUUUUAUGUGUAGAGCUUUAUUCUUCUAGUAGGCUGAGAGUUAAAGAGCCUGCCUACUGCAGUAGUCGGCAAAAGUCACCCAAAAUGCACUGCACUGCACUAGGAACACCUGAUACCAUCUUCUCUUGAAGUUGUAGUUUACCUGGUAGCACUGCCAGAACAUUUGCACUAAACCUUCCUCCCAGCAACGUGAUUGGUAUGCAUAUUGUGUUAUAAUCAUGUUGUUGCACUUUUACCUACCUACCCUAAAAAAAAAUGAUGGUGGGGGAACUCCAUGAGAAUGCUGAGGUCACAUUAGCACUGCAUUUGAUGUGUACAUUACAGACUUUCAGGUCCUGCACAGUUACCUCUCUCCCCUAACAAACUAUGGUGGGAAACCCCAUGAGAAUAGCUGGAUCAUGUUAGCAUUGCAUUUGAUUUAUAAGGAGAGACUUUCAGAUUCUGCAGAAUGUACUACUUCAUGUUUUUUCUGAGUAUUGAGUUUAUUUCUUAAGUCAUUUUGCCCCAGGAAUGCAAGAUGUUUGAACAUGGAACUGAUGCCACUUUUUAUUAAUGUGCGAGGAAAUGCACGCACAACCUUUGUGACAUCAUACUACUAUGAGGAGGUUUACAGGCUCUUAGGAGAGAAUGAGAUGACCGAGCAUCUACAUGUUUGAAACUUAAUAUUCCUUUUUAUGAAAAAAAUGGCAUUGGUGAUAUACCAUCUCUCAUUCUCUCUUUUAUAUCCUGGACAUUUUUAGGUUCCAUUUGAAAGUUCAUUUAUCCUGGCAAAGGCUAACUUAUUAGUGGAUCAAGUAGUAAGUGUCUUCCAGCUUUCUUACCAGGUAUUACACAGAAACUAAUGUCCAAGGAUUCUGCAGCAGUUUGCAAGCUUAUACUCUGCGUGCUCAGACAGCCUCCUAUGGACUUUAUUUGGUGCAUUAUUUACUCUUAUGUACCAAAGGCCUAUGAAGUAAGUAAA